AGAAGCAAGUAGUAGUAGUUCAAAGGGGUUGUUUUCCUGCAGAAGAAGCAAACUUCGAAGCUCCGAAUCGGAACUUUCACAUCUUCCACCGGAGAAAUCGAAUUAACUAGUAGCGAGGCUGAUUCUCCGAAGAUGGAUGUGAUAAAGACGCAGCAGAUAUCAGCGAGGACGAUCGAGAAAGUGGUCGUUCACCCACUCGUCUUGCUCAGUAUCGUCGACCAUUACAACCGCGUCGCUAAGGACUCGCGCAAGCGCGUCGUCGGUGUUCUUCUCGGGAGCAGCUCCCGUGGUGUCGUCGACGUCACCAACAGCUACGCAGUGCCUUUUGAGGAGGAUGACAAGGACCCAAGUAUAUGGUUUCUUGAUCACAACUACCAUGAGUCCAUGUUCCACAUGUUCAAGAGAAUUAAUGCCAAGGAGCAUGUUGUUGGUUGGUACAGCACAGGCCCUAAGCUUCGAGAGAAUGAUUUGGAUGUUCAGGCGCUGUUCAAUGGCUAUGUUCCAAAUCCGGUGUUGGUCAUUAUAGAUGUCCAGCCUAAGGAACUUGGAAUUCCCACUAAAGCUUACUAUGCUGUGGAGGAGGUUAAGGAGAACGCUACUCAGAAAAGCCAGAAAGUCUUCGUCCACGUGUCUACAGAAAUUGCUGCUCAUGAAGUCGAAGAGAUUGGUGUGGAACAUUUGCUAAGGGAUGUAAAAGACACAACUAUCAGUACCCUGGCGACUGAGGUCACUGCCAAACUUACUGCUUUGAAGGGGCUGGAUGCACGUCUUCGGGAGAUCAGGAGUUACCUUGACCUUGUGAUUGAAGGAAAGCUCCCUCUAAAUCAUGAGAUCUUAUACCAUCUGCAGGACGUUUUCAACUUGCUUCCAAACCUGAAUGUGAACGAGUUGGUCAAGGCCUUCUCAGUGAAAACAAAUGACAUGAUGCUCGUUAUCUACCUAUCGUCCCUCAUCCGAAGUGUAAUUGCGCUCCACAACUUGAUCAACAACAAGUUGCUGAACAAGGAACAUGAAAAAGCAGAGGACUCAAAGCCCGUGGCCAUACCCGCCACCAGCAGCUAAAUCACGCUGAUAAGAUGUGAUUUACUCAGGCUAUGAUUGGUGACAUGUGGUGUGGUUGAUUUACUCUGACUUAGGAGUAAAAGUCAUUAGGAACUCAAAAUUGUUACCAAUCAUGAUCUAUAUUUGAUUUUUUUGAUUUUAAGUUUGUUAUUUUGUUUUUAAGUUUGAUUUAAUAUGUUUUAUAGUUGAGUUACAAUUUUGACUUAAACCCUAUGUAAAAUUGUUAACUCAAAUCAUAAACCUACAUCAACCAAAA